UAGCUAGCUACCUGUAGAGCUAGAAGUUCGUGUGCCGUGCCUGACCUUGUCAUUGUCAAGAAGCAAUUCAAAAGCCGUAGCUUGGAUACAGUAGCCAGUACCUGGUAGCCAGUACCGGUACCAAAGUACCAAACUAAAACCAUGGCCAAAUCAUCCAAAGUAGCUGCACGAAAGGCUACUGCUUUACGUCAAAAGCCAUUAGUGGGCCAGGCAAUCCUGCUGAAGGGUGGGACAGGUGCCAAGCGACUCUACAACAAGAAAAAGGCAUUUGUUGUCCACUAUGCAGAGCGAGGAUGUUGGAUGACAGUGCGGCUUGAUCAGGACGAGGAAGCAUGUGGUACUACAAACAUGACAACCGAUAUCAAGUGGCGAAAAGGAGGAUUUGAGCAUCCACCCAGUGAAACAGAUCCGCUCAAGGUUCUAGAUGAGGAAACUUUGAAGCUGGUCUUUUCUUUUCUCUUGAAAGCUCCUAACAACGACGAAAGAGGGAAUCACAAUGUUUGGCUUCGAAACCAGGCAGGAAGUAUCCGUGGUCAUGUUCGAGCCGUCAGCCAGAAGUGGAAGAACUCGAUUGAUAUGAUUCUUUCGGAUGUAAUUGGUCCUGUACAGGUUGAUUUUGGCAAUUGUCCUACACAUGCAGUUCCUACUCUUGGAAGUAUGAUGAAGAAACACAGAAUUAAGAUACAAACCCUGAAUUUGGGCUAUGCAUCCUUGGCAGACUUUCCAUUCCUUAUUGAGCUCAUCCGAGAUUGUGACACAAGACAUGCGACAAAAUUGAUUGCCAACCGUGUCAAUAUGCUCAGAGUAGAGGAAUCAAGCUGGCCACAAUACACACCAUUGCAGGCCAGAGUGGUUGACCUAGAUGCCACGGACAACGUGGAGGCUGUACGCCUCCAACAUGCACAAAAGGAACUGUUCAAGGCAAUUGGGGAGAACUGCCCAAAGCUUAGAGAGUUGUCCGUUGCUGUCACUUUGCCAGCCAACAGUCUCAAUUACACUGGCUACAUUGAUGGCUCUUUGUUUUCGCUGGCAUCAAUUGAAUCUUUGGAAGUCUCUUUGGGAUAUUGUGGAAAGAAACUUGGAUUGGAGAUGCAGGUAGAUUCCAACGUGGUCACAAAACUCAUCCAAAAACUCCCCAGUCUCCGUUGUUUGAAAUUGGCAUCUUCAACCAGAGAAGGAGCCAAUGGAUGGCGCUUUCACAUUCAGUCGCCAUCCUUAGAAACGCUUGUCGCCGAAAACAUCCCCAAAAGGAUGUGGGUAACUUGUGCUUGCCCUCAACUCCAAACUUUUGAAUCUUCGGGCGGCUCCUAUGCUCCACAUGGCGGGAUCUUGCCAGUUCUCACACAGGAUCAAUACGAAAGCAUGACAAGCAAUGCUGGUCAUGUUUUGCUUUCAGCCGGAGCCUUUUCCUUCCCUCAUUUGAGCGUCCCGGAUACAUGUGAAGUAAAACUGGCCGGGGAUUGUUUUCGGAAGGGUUUUUUCACAUUGUACUCGAACCGCCUGGCAGAUAUUCAAAGUGCUCGAUUCAAUCCAGUGUAGAAGCAGCGCAGAUGAAGCAAAGGAUACCGGUACCUCUCAAGCACUGUUUUAUGCGGGCUGGUCAACAAACAGACUCAGUAAAUCUCGCCACGUUGUGCCUGCUGGACAUUCGCUCAUCCCGGCUUACAAGCUGUACUUUUAAACCUUCUAGGCAAUACUAGUAUCUUUAACCAAACCUUG